AUGUUUCCGGGAGAACGGAAGUUCUCCCGGAAUGAAAAUGUGGAGAAACCAAAACUCAUGGGACUAGAGGCUUGCAACCUGCCCAUGGGAGGAAAGCCUGGUACGAUAGCGAGAGGAAAGACAGGGUUGCAGGAGUCAUAUUGGCUACUGAAACGGAAAAGGACUAAGAUGACUAUCUGUAAUUAUAACGCACGUACGCUUGCAUCGGAAGCGGCCAUCAAAGAUCUGAUGAUGCAAGCCAAAAAGAUUAAGUACGACGUCAUCGGACUGACCGAGACGAGACGACGUCACCCUUUCAACGCCGUAAAUGAAACUAUAGAAGAACUGUUCUUAGAAACAUGCGACAGUAGAGGUGUUGUUGGGGUUGGCAACCUCGUCAACACGAGUACGGCAAAGAACAUCGGCAUUUUCGAACAACUUACGACCCGAAUCGGACGUCUGCGGAUGAGAAGAUGUGGAUCAACACCAGCUUUGACUAUCUUCACCGCUUAUGCUCCAACAUCGAGCUACGAAGAAGUUGAAGCUUCCUAUAUGAUCUGA